UUCAGAAUAAGCAAACGUUCCUCCCCUCGAUUGAUAGUCUUUACCGACUUGCCGCAUCGCCAACCUCAGAAAAAUCACUACCCAAACCCUACCCCUCCCUCUCUCCCGGCCUGUUAAAGCUCCCUCCCAUGCAUCAGAACAUCCAACAGAGAAAUCAAAAAUUAGCAUUCCCUCUCUUUUCUUCUUCUUCAAUCUCCAUGGAGUCUCCACAUCCGCACGUACUGCUAUUCCCCUACCCAGCGCAGGGCCACAUGCUCCCGCUCCAGGACCUCGCCCACCAGCUCUCCCUCCGCGGACUCGCCCUCACCAUACUAGUCACUCCCAAGAACCUCCCCAUCCUCGCCUCUCUCCUGUCCGCCCACCCUUCCAUCCAGACCCUCGUCCUCCCCCUCCCUCCCCACCCCAAACUCCCGGGCGUCGAGAACGUCCGCGACAUCGGCAACGCCGGCAACGUCCACGUCAUCUCCGCCCUCUCCGCCCUCCGCCUCCCCAUCUCCCGGUGGUUCGCCUCCCACCCCAACCCCCCCGUUGCCAUCCUCUCCGACUUCUUACUCGGCUGGACCCUCGACUUGGCCGACGAGCUCGGUCCCCGGAUCGCUUUCUUCUCCUCCGGUGCCUUCUUGACGUCGGUCACCGGCUUCUGCUGGCGGAACAUGGAGAGCGUGAGGGGGGCCAGCGCCGACACUGUGGAGCUCUCCAAUCUGCCCGGAGCACCGUCGUUCCGGAAGGAGCACCUGCCGGGACUGUUCCGCUCCUACCAGGAGUCCGACCCGGAUUGGCAGAUUGUGAAGAGAGGCUUAUUAGGGAAUAUGGCCUCCUGGGCUUGCGUUUUCAAUACGUUCGAUCACUUGGAAGGCCGGUAUUUGGAGCACCUGAGGCAGAAAAUGGGCCAUGGGCGUGUUUACGGGGUUGGCCCACUUAAUCUGAUUGGGCUUGACGAUGUCUGGGGCUCGGGAGUCCCGGGCGCGGAAGCAGGCGGCGACGUGCUGGGCUGGCUCGACGGGUGCCCUGAUGGGUCGGUCCUCUACGUGUGCUUUGGUAGCCAGAAGCUGAUGGCCCAGGAGCAGAUGGACGCCCUGGCGUCCGGGCUCGAGAGGAGUGGGGCCCGGUUCGUGUGGGUCGUCAGGACCACCAUGGCCCAACAGGCAGAGGAAGGAUACAGGGCGGUCCCGGAUGGCUUCGAGGCCCGGGUAGCGGGUAGGGGGAGGGUCGUGACGGGGUGGGCCCCGCAGGUGCAGAUACUUGGCCACCGGGCCGUGGGCGGGUUCCUGAGCCACUGCGGGUGGAACUCAGUCCAGGAGGCGGUGGUGGCGGGGAAGGUGGUGCUGGCAUGGCCAAUGGAGGCGGACCAGUUUGUGAAUGCACGGCUGCUGGUGGAAGACAUGGGCGUGGCGGUGAGGGCGUGCGACGGGGCGGUCACAGUGCCAGACCCGGUCAAGCUGAGCCGGGUGAUUGCACGGACAAUGAGGGAGGACUUGCCGGAGCGGGCGAGGGUGCAGGAGCUGAGGAGGAAGGCGUUUGAUGCGGUGGAGCCCGGUGGUGGGAGCUCUUGGACAGGCCUGGACGAAUUUGUGAAGGCGUUGGGCCAAUUGCCAAAGCAAUGAGUGUAAUCAUACCAUUGGCCUUUCGUUGUGAUGAACGGGAAAGAUGAAAGAUGACCCAAUCAUAGAAUAAAGUAUUCUAGAAUUAGCACUUAGAAUAUUACAAUAGUGUAAGUCCACGUGUCUGGACUUCCGGUGGACCGAUUAGAAUCCAACUUUGCAAUCAAAUUGAAGUCGAUUCAGCCACAUUUAUUUCAGGACUAGUCUCAAAAUUCCAAACUAUAUAAAAGAUC